UGGACGGUCUAUAGCUGCUUCGUCUGACCUUUCGCUCGUCAGGAUGAACACUUGUUUAUUUAUAAUAGUUAAUUCCUUUUGACAUCAAGUGUUUCAGUGUUAAAUUGUGAUUUAUUCUUCAUGUUGAAAUGUGCCGUGUGUUUCGGGCAAGUGCCUUGGAUAUAUUUAUCGUUUGAUCGUUGAUGCAGGAUGGUUAGCUUCAAAACCACUAACUGUCUUGGUGAUCAUGCAGUGGCACCUUACCAUCUACCGGGUAGCCUACGCGGCCCCCUGAGCAACUGCAACAACAACUACCCCUCGGGUCAGGGUCACAGCCAUGAACCACCCUUGCGACAUACGACAUCGAGGACUGAUUACUCCAUUGCGCCGCAUGGCUGCGCUUUACACUCAAGGCUCGACCAACCGGUGACCACCUCGAUGCCCGGAAUGGACGACAAAAAGGUUGUCCAGACGCCGCCGACCUCGGGUACAGGGCAGCCACUACGUCCAAAGAGUAGCCUAGAUACAAGUGGUAUAGUAGCAUCAAUUUCAGGUGUAAGAAGACGAAGUGGACCCCAGGGAUUACGUUCACCAGCGGCCAAGAGGCCGCUAUCAGCUCCGGUGGCUCUUCAAGGAUGGCUGCACAAACAGGGCUCAGAGGGUCUCAUGUUAUGGAAGAAACGAUGGUUCGUUCUAUCCGAGUACUGUCUGUUCUAUUACAAAGGUCCAGAAGAAGAGAAACUACUGGGAUCGAUUCUGUUGCCAUCAUACCGAGUUAUGGUGUGCAAACCCGAGGACAAGGUCAACAAGAAGUUUGCCUUCAAGGCGGAACAUGCUAACAUGAGGACGUACCACUUUGCUGCUGACACGAGGGAGAGUAUGAAUCAAUGGGUCAAUGCACUGACACUUGCAUCACUGCUUCAGAAUCCAAAUCCUAAUGCAGGAGAGCCAGUAGCUAUAGAGCUAGCCGGCCCGGCCGACGGUGAUCGCAGCGCUCGUCCCAGUGUCUCCUCAAUAUCCUCAAUCCUUAACCAAAGUGCUGACGACAGCGAUUCAGGCUUUCACGGUUUCCAAUCACGAGACGAUCCAAGCCAAUCGAACAACAACUCAAGCCCCAACAGUAUAAACACAGCUUCAUUUCCAAAUCUCAGUGCCAGUAACAGUAAUCACGGGAAUGUUAACAAUAACAGCCCUGAGCAAGGUUUCGAGGAGAGUCACCCACAGCCCAUGGUCAACGGAUGGAUGCAGCCACCAUCUCAGUUCAGUCAACCCAGUACUUCUCAGCAUUAUGGACACAUCCAGAGCCCAAGACAACCCCAGCACCCUCAACAUCCCCAGCACCAAGCAAUGAUGCAACAAUAUAUGAGGAGACAACAGAUGCAAGCAGGUCCGAGCAAUGUUCAAACUGUUCCACCGAUGCUCAGGAAUUUUGGCCAACCAGUUUACGCAAAUGCACCACCAAAACCCAGAAGACUGACCGAUGGAUCCACGGAUUACUCGACUCCAUCUCCAGAUCCUGAUUUUCGCAAAUCACCGGUUCAGCCUGGUAUGCGAAUGACAGUGAAAUCUCCCACUACUGAAUACGACCGGGGAAAUACUAUUUAUGCCUCGAGGCUGGCCCAACAACAGAAUACACCGACUUUGAGGACAGACAAAUCGGGACUCAAUUACGGUUAUGGGCAAACGCAGCCUGCGGAGAGGAGAACGCCAGAUACGUACGGGAGGAGUGCACAGCCGAGAGUGACUAGAGGCAAUGGAGACUAUGAGGAUGUUUAUGCCGGGCCACAGUUGUAUCAGAGGCCGGCAGGACCUGUAGGGUAUACCAAAGGACCAGCGCCCGUGCCCAUUUCUAUACCCGUUUAUGCGGUUCAGGGACAAGUAUGUCCGAAUGCUAUGGCUAUUAAUGGGCCAGUAAUGAGACAACAAAGGGUCCAACCACCCCCCCGACCACACAGUGCCGAUUUCCUGGAGUAUGAGGCAACGAGAAGACCGAGCUCCCAAACAACUGACCAGCCUGGAAUUCAACACCAACAGAGACGACCACAACGCCCGAAAUCGAGUUUGGACGUUGUACCCUCAUCCGAAAUUACUUCACCCAAUGGAGACGGUUACUUCUACUCGGAAGAAAGAUAUGCGGCUCAAAUGAGACAGUCCGCAGUGUACCUCCACCAAACUCCCCUGCAGCACCAGCAGCAGAGAAAUCAGUCCCUCUCACGUGCAACAACACCCUCGAAGUCUUCACCGAGGGUGGAAGACCCGAAUGGGCCAAUUGGCAUGAAUGAGACGCCUUGUGCAGUCCAUCACCCUCAAAGAGAACCUGUUUACCGUCAACACCCAAUGGCAACGCAGUCUCUACAAAGAUACGCAGAUGCGUCAAGCAACGAAGCAAUGAUGAGACGUUCCUUACGUGAUAGAAGCUACGAGCCCUCAUACCGAGAUACCUUAGUUCACGGAGACAGUGGUACAGUGCCACGACGAGUCCCACGUGAUUACGAAAGCCCCCAGACAGUGGCCAACAACCGAAUAGUAGAUGUUAGCUACGGAUCCCAUAGUUACCACGGUGAACAUGGCUCCAGGCGCUGCAGUGUUCAACAGUUCGCGAGAUCGGCGUCUGCUCGGUUGCCCAGAACUCGACACCCAGCUCUAGAUAACACCGAUGAGGAUGAUUACAGUGACAGAACAGCGGGACAGGGGUCGCGAGACGGUGAAAGGAGGAUUCAACAACGUGAAGAAUCGAUGAAACGUCUUCUAGAAUGGAAGCAGCGAAUGCUGCAGUCACCCCUCACUCGCAAACCCACGGGUACAACGAAUGGUGUAACAACAGCACAAAGUGAAUUAUCGAGUUACUAUAAACGUCAGGCGUUACUCGAUCUCGCGGCUCAUGAAGCUAGUGUUGCUGAGGCCCGUCACUCGAGACGAAGAGAUGAUAAUUCACACAGGCCCCAUACAAGGAGCAAAAGUUCAGAUGGACGUAGAUCAGUGGCUAAUGUAUCGAGAUACAACAGUUACUCCAGUGAUGACGAAGAGCUCGACGAUGUCCGGAGGAAGCGAACACGCAGACCCUCACACGCAGGUCGAAGUCCCCGUCAUUCCGAAGAGACUAAUCCGGCUCUUCAGGGUCAACCAACUGUCACAUUCUCCUCAGCAAUACUCCCCGACGUCGGCUACGAGGAGGUCUCCUUUCCGCCUCAGGAGUCCUCAGCUCCCAAAAAUCUAUCGACAACGGAAAAUCUUAUUGUAAAAACCCCGAAGAAGCCAGGCAUUCUCAAAACCCCCUCGUCCUACCCACAUCGUCAAUCAGCAAAAUCGGAAGGGGGAAGAUUAAGUACAUUAGCCGGUGAAACAUGGCAGACGACUAAAAACGUUCAGUGGGAUUCUACCGAGGACAAGGAGAACUGGGACUCGAGGAUCGAUGAGAGUAAAGUCAUUAAGGAAUUCUCGUAUCAGUACAUUAAAGCUGAUGAGAUUGGUGAUAUUGAUAACGAGAAUUGGGAGGGGAAUUUAGUGCAGAAUAGAAUAAAGUCAUUUGAAUGUAGCAUUGAGGAUGGCAGUCCAAUUACAGAGAUGCUCUCCAUGCAGGAGCCUCUGAAGGUGUCGCCACCACAAGCGACUGAAGCUCACGUUUCGAGAUUAGACUCAACUCGAGCCCCCCCAAUCAUUCGAAAAUUUACCUUGCGUGAUUCUACGUGCAAAACUCCCGAAAAUCCACCAGAAGAAUCGCUAGAACAAAAGAACGAUAAUGCUAAAUCUGUAAAAGAUCUCCUGGCGGAUUUCGAAAGAAAAUCACAACAAGUGCGUAACCAAGAAAACAAGAAACGAGAGGAGAUAAAGCACCGCGGAGUUUUCAGUGACACUGAGACUCUUCUCUACGAUACGGGAAGCGAUCUUGAUCAACCUCAUAAAAGUGAAGAAGAAAUUGAAACCGAUGAAAUCCUAGAGUACAAGAAAGUUCACACUGGUACGAUAAAGCGGAGCAACUUGGAAAAGAAAACAGAGGAGAGAAUUGAAGAAAUUAAAACAACUUUGAAUGACUCUCAGGUUGCAAUUGAGGGACUGAGUGAGGGCACAGAUGCAUUCGCCAGAUUGAGUAUGACAGAGUCAAUGGUCACUCACGGAGAUAACUUAUCUGGUGAGAGUGACAGUUCAACACCAAAGAUCAAUGAUAUUAAUCCAGAGGAACAUUAUCUCCCUAUGUCACCGAGAAAAGCUAUCUUGGAUCCUAAUAACGAUGACAGGCCCGAUCCAAAGAUGAUGGAGAGUUUAUUCGCUAAUUUGAGACACGAGGAGAGCUCUUACGUCGAAAUGACGCAGAAUGGAAGAGGGCGUUCGCUCUUAGCACCCAGCGGAGACCCUAAACUUGACUCUGGAGAUUACUCUACGUUGGAGGCAUCUCACUACGAGUUUGUGUGUGUCGCUGAUAACAAAGUGGAACCGGUUUAUAUGGAAGUGAGUCAAUUAGCUGAGGAGGACCAAAAGAAAACGCAAAUUACGAAAAAGAAAGAAUGCUCAAAUGGUCAAAUUCGUAGUGACUUGCCAGAUAUAUUGACCGCCCUGAAGUCUGACAGUUCUGACGCUGACGAUGAGUCCUCCAAGGACUUGGACUCCAUUGAUGCACCCAGACAUCCUCGGUUCAGCUUGUCCGACACCUUCAGACCUGCAUCCUAUUACCUUAGCACUAGUCGAACUAUAAUCGCUGAAAUGCAAGAUUCUUCAGACAGUGAAUUAGUCUCUCCCCCACCAAUCCCCACAUCUCCACCUCCCCUUGACGACUUAGAAUCCCUAGAAAUGCAGGAGACAUUGGAAUCAAAAAAAUCCUCCCCUCAAGUUCCUGUGAAUCGAGACUCAAGAUCUCAGAAUAAUCUAGAAACCCAUAGACCUCCACCAAGAUUUUCUGACGCUACCAUCAGUUCAACCUUUAGAGACAGUAGAAUCUCCUUGGAAAGCGCGUCAGGAAGUGACUCCCUAGAGCUUCGAAAACCCGAAGAGGAGGAGAGACACAGGAGAAUGAAACGAAGACCAGUGAGUGAUGAUGUCUGCGAGGUUCUCGAUAGUUUGGAGGAACUUGAAUCCCUCGGAAGUCGAUUCGACGGCACCAGUAUCGAUCUAGAUCAAUAUCUCGAGCAGUUGCAAGCUCGAGACGCUUUCAACGUCGGUAUAUAUUCGAAAAACUUGAGCUACAACAGCAUUUAUGGAUUCAACGAGAACAUGCUCAUUGCAGACAAAGUCCAGAAAAUCUCCCAAGAUAUCUCCAAGAUGAACGUAAGCUCCAACACCUUGGACCAACCUUUCAACUACAAUUCACGAACAAAAACAAGCUCUGCUUCCUCAUUACCAUCGAUGAGGGUUAGUGACACUCCACCAAGCCAUCAGCACUCUCAAUCCUUUACUGGUGAUGCUCACUACGAGAAUAUCAGUUUCUCCCCACUAAACGGCUCUCCAGCAAUUUGUCAAGAACAGGAACCAAAUAGAGAAGAUUUAAGGAUUAAAAGCCGUCCGCAAUUAUCUCACAGUAGAGAAUCGAGCUACACGAUAACAUCGACCUCUGCAUCAGUGACUCCGCUAACUCCUACUACCGUUUUAUCACAAAUGGCCUAUGGGCAACGAAACCAGUCCCCUUAUCACGAUCAAAGGCCCAAGCAUCACUCGAGAUCAGCAAGCCAAGACUCAGCGAGGUACUCAUUAUCCCCGAAUCGCAGAUCAUCAUCCAGUCAAGAUUCUAAUCAUGUGGUUUCCACUUCUGCCGUGGAACCACCAACUCAAGCCUCGACUUCAAGAAAUUCCCCAGCUGUUCAUCCUGUUCAUAAUCCUGGCAUUGGUCAAGCUGAUCAGGAUAGUGAUCAGACAGGUGCACCUUACUAUUAUUCUGACCUCCAGGCUGGAGUGAGCUCGAUCAAUGCUCAAUCACGUUCAAUUCAAACUUUUAUUGCUCAGACCUCUAGGUUACCACAGUUGAAUAAUCAAAGGGGCGAUUCCAAUGCAUUAAACAAGCGAAAUGACAUUGGAAGACUUGUGAAUCCAAUCGUCAGACAAAUGCCGAGGAGAACAGAAGUGGAUGAUAUCGAUGAAGCAAGAAGAAUUGCCGCUGAAUUGCGGAAGAAUUCGUCUCAAUUUUUAGUCGACAAGAAAUCCGGAUUAGUUGAUAAAAGAAACGUCUAUGAGGCUGACACAUUGCGACGAGUUAAGUCCACCGAUCCAUUACCGGAUGUUUCGCUUCUUGACGUUAGCAAUGUUAAUUUAUACCCACAGGGGCUUCGUGACAAAUCAGGAAGUCAAACGCAAUUAGCAACAGGCGAGGUUCAAGGAUUCAUGCAGUUUCCUCAGCCGACUCAUCGGCGAUCACGAUCGUUGGAGGGAUUGCUGGAUGACGUGGGACUUCAGAAUUUGAUAGAGCAAAGAAAUAGGGAGAAUCGAGAGAACCGAGUGUCCUCGGUUCCUCCAACGAGAAUGAGGGAAGAGGACGAGGAGUCUAGACCGUCGACAUUUACGAGAAUUAAUUCCGAUGAGCCAUUUCAAGGGGAAGACACCUGGGAGCAGGAUACUCUCUGGAGGGAAAGUUUGAGGAGGGUCAGCUUGAGGCAUGCGAGAUCAUUGGACAAUUUGGACACUCCUGUGUCGAGGCCCAAUGGAACGAGUGCUUCAGAGAUACCGGAUGCUAGGGGACGUCCACGAAUCACACGAGGUGCGACUUAUGUUAACGAUAGUGUUAUUAUCCAACGUUUGUCAUCACCAGAGAAUGUUCAAGAACGACCUAGAGUAUUGAGAAGAGCAGAAGCGGAGGAAAGUCAGACUCAGGAAGACGAUGGUGCCUACGAAUCACUCGCCAUGGAUCGGUCAACCGGUGGCUAUGUCUGGGAUCCAGAGAAUGAGGCUUACAAACGGCAAUCAGGAAAUACAAAUCAUUUUUUAGACGAAGGCAACCUUCCUCCGGUACAACAGCCAAAUCGUCGAUCGUUCGAGCUGGAUCGAGAGAAAUUACGUCAGUGGGAUCUACUGUCGAGCGCCUGCUUACUCCAGGAGCAGAAGCGCACAUCGAUGGCGGAGUCAGGGCGAGGGUUGCCAGUGUCAGGAAGAGGCGAGGAGGGAAUGAGCAUAAUGAUGAGAAUGAUUAUGGAGAAGGAGAGAAGACAAGACCAGGAGGUUGCAGAAUGCGUUGGGAAUGUUGAGAGGAUUAGGGAAAGAGUCAGGAUCGAUUGGGAGAAGGAAAAUGGCAGAGGUGAGUGGCUAUUUGGGACUGGUGCUGGGUAUAGGGAAUGAAAGAGGCGACUGACUAGAAAAAGGGGGAGGGGCAGUUUCGGGGAUUGUCACUUGCCUCUCCCAAUGUCCUUCUCCUCGGAAGAUGGUUAACCAUCGAUUUUUGUUAACGCUCUUUGGAAGCUUCACAAGAGAUUUGGUGGAAUUAUUAGUGAGGUGUGCAUGUGUUGCAACUUGUGUGUUAUACUUCAAUUUUUUUCUGGAUAUCCUUGAGGGGAAAACGCUUAAAGAAAAAUGUCUGAGAGAAUUCUCUUAUUCACUUUUAUUUCUAUGUUCAAUUAGUAAAUUCAUUACUCGAGCUGGGUUGCAACGCAGUCUGUACUAGUGUACGACUGAAGGAACUUAAAACUGAGUUUUGAUGUAAAUUUUUUCAAGUUGUUUUUUAGAAAGAGAUGUUGAAUGUUUGACGUUGUCUGUCAAAUGUUCAAUCACUGACUCGCACGGGGUGUUUUGUUGAAAUCAACAUUUAGUCGAUUGAAAGUGAAAUCCCAAUAAGCAAAUAAUUUCUCUCAAUCCGACAUACCGAAAAGUGUUCGGCAAUUUUGAAGAGUUGAAAUGAAUUGGGCAAACUGCCAGGUAAAAAGUAUUUCAUCUAACUCUAGUUGAAAAUAUUAGGGGAGAAGAUAGCUUUAACUUUUCCUCUUACAAUUGUACGACAAGGACUACUGCACAGACUGGUAUUUUCUACUUCAACUCGCUGAUAUUCAUUGCCACGUUGUUUUUAGUUUGUUACGCGAAAUUGUCCUGAUUUUCAUGGAAACGUUAUGACCGAAAAUUUUUAAUUGUUAUGCUGAGAUAAAAAUUUUGUAUAUGAGAAG